GCAUGCAGUCGUCCUUUCCUGGCGCGACCCGUGCGUGUGAUGGUGCCGGGAGGAAGGAAGCGCCGUGACAGCGCCUCAGUCGGAGCCCGGGGUCCGGGGAGUGAAGAUAUUCCAAGUCCCAAGAGACAGCGCCUCUCUCAUUCAGUCUUUGAUUAUACAUCAGCAUCACCAGCUCCCUCACCACCAAUGCGACCAUGGGAGAUGACAUCAAAUAGGCAGCCCCCUUCAGUUCGACCAAGCCAACAUCACUUCUCAGGGGAACGAUGCAACACACCUGCAUGCAACAGAAGAAGUCCUCCUGUCAGGCGCCAGAGAGGAAGAAGAGAUCGCCUAUCUCGACAUAAUUCCAUUAGUCAAGAUGAAAACUAUCACCAUCUCCCUUAUGCACAGCAGCAAGCAAUAGAGGAACCUCGAGCCUUCCACCCUCCGAAUGUAUCUCCCCGUCUGUUACAUCCUGCCGCUCAUCCACCCCAACAGAAUGCAGUAAUGGUUGAUAUACAUGAUCAGUUCCAUCAAGGAACCGUCCCUGUUUCCUGUACAGUAACAACAGUGGCACCACACGGAAUUCCCCUCUGCACAGGCCAGCACAUCCCUGCUUGCAGUAGGCAACAGGUCCCAGGAUGCUCUGUGGUUUUCAGUGGACAGCACCUCCCUGUCUGUAGUGUGCCUCCUCCAAUGCUUCAGGCAUGUUCAGUUCAGCACUUACCAGUACCAUAUGCUGCAUUCCCACCCCUUAUUUCUAGUGAUCCAUUUCUUAUACAUCCUCCUCACCUUUCUCCCCAUCAUCCUCCUCAUUUGCCACCACCAGGCCAGUUUGUCCCCUUCCAGACACAGCAGUCACGAUCGCCUCUGCAGAGGAUAGAAAACGAAGUGGAACUCUUAGGAGAACAUCUUCCCGUUGGAGGUUUUACGUACCCUGCAUCAGCUCAUCCCCCAACCUUACCUCCAUCAGCUCCUUUGCAAUUCUUGACACAUGACCCUUUGCAUCAAGAGGUGUCCUUUGGAGUACCUUACCCUCCAUUUAUGCCUCGGAGGCUCACUGGACGCAGCAGAUAUCAUCGAUCCCAGCAGCCAAUACCACCACCCCCUUACCACCCCAGCUUGCUGCCAUACGUAUUAUCAAUGCUUCCAGUGCCACCUGCCGUGGGUCCAACUUUCAGCUUUGAAUUGGACGUGGAAGAUGGAGAGGUAGAAAAUUACGAGGCCCUGUUAAACCUGGCAGAGCGUCUGGGAGAGGCAAAGCCUCGAGGACUGACAAAAGCUGACAUUGAACAACUUCCUUCUUACAGGUUCAAUCCUAACAACCACCAGUCAGAACAGACCUUGUGUGUAGUGUGCAUGUGUGAUUUUGAGUCAAGGCAGCUACUUAGAGUCUUACCCUGUAACCACGAGUUCCAUGCCAAGUGUGUUGACAAAUGGCUUAAGGCAAACCGUACUUGCCCAAUUUGCUGAGCUGAUGCUUCAGAAGUGCAUCGGGAUUCAGAAUAACCAACCUAAGAGCACAAAUUGAGUUUGGGUGUUCCUCAUCACAUGUAUAUACGGACUAUCCAUUGAACUUACUCUGUGGCUUCCAGCCCUCCCUUUACCAAAAGGGUCAAUGGACCUUUCUUUGCACUGUGUGACUUAAUCAACUAUAAAAGCUUACAAUUAGUCUUCACAAU